AUGGUCGCGUCGAGCAAGGUCAUCAGGGUCGGGCCGUGGGGAGGCCGCGGCGGGAGCCCGUGGGACGACGGCCCGCACCGGGGCGUCCGGAGCAUCACCGUCACAUACAGCCGCUCCCUGGAGUCGAUAAGGGUGGAGUACGUCGACAGCAACGGCCGCCCAGUCCACGGCGAGAAGCACGGCGGCGGGACGGACCGCAGCCACUCCGUGAAGGUAGCUAGCAGGGGAACCAUCGACGUGGACUUCCCGUACGAGGUCCUGACGGGCGUCAGCGGCUGCUACCGCGCGGCGCACGGUGGGUCGCCGCCGGUGGUGCGGUCGGUGACGUUCGCGACGAGCCGGGGCACGGUGCACGGGCCGUUCGGGGACGCGGACGCGGACGGGGAGCCCUUCUCGUACCCAAUGGAAGGGGGCGUGGUGGUCGGGUUCACGGGCCGGAGCGGCUGGCACCUCGACGCGCUGGGCCUCUACGUGGCGGCGCUGCGACCCGAGACGCUCCGCGACGUGGUCCAGGAGCGCGGCCUCAUGGCGUACCGGUCCUUCGUCUACGGGGAUGCCGGGCCGGCGCGCCAUCACAACAGCAGGAGGCCGUUCGAGUGGUGCUACAAAUAA